CUCUGCUGCGCGCCUUCGUACCAAAUCUCUCUCCCGCUACCGUAUUUGCUUAACGCUGCCACUCUUUCUCAGUCUUACAGAACAACACCCGCAAAACCCUAGCGACCCCAAUUCCCCUCUCUCGCUUGCAAAGUCGGAUUCUUUAAGCUUCUCCCUCAACUGGUUUUGAGCCCUAAAAUUGGGGUUUCUCUCUAUCUGAUUCGAGAGAGGGGGAGAUUUGUGGUUAGAGGCUUUAGGAAAUGGAGUUCUGCCCAGGUUGUGGUAACAUGCUGCAGUAUGAACUGCCGAAUAUGCACGAUGCAAGAUUCUUCUGUCCAACUUGUCCCUAUGUAGCAUACGUUGAUAGGAAGGUGAAGAUUAAAAGAAGGCAGCAUCUAGUUAAAAAAGAGAUACAGCCCAUCUUUACCCUGGACGACUACAAGAAUGCGCCCAAAACUGAAGAACCGUGCCCAAGAUGCGGGUUUCCUGAGGCAGCUUACAGGACACAGCAAACACGAUCUGCCGAUGAACCAGAAACAAGAUUCUACAGGUGUAUGAACAACAAUUGCGGACACACAUGGGUUGAUUACACUUAGUCUGAGAAUUUUGUGUUCUUUGAGUUGCUAAUCCCUUUUAAUUGCUCCAUUUUUGAGUUUUUGCCAACUGUGGCGUGAUAUUGUGAACUGCUUCAACGCAUGGAAAUAAUACUUCAAUGUUCAUUCGUACA